AACGAGGGUUGUUGACAACUCGUUACAACAACCACGUCUAGCUUUUUUUUAUCACUAUGAAACGUUCUUCUUGGCACGUUUACAGCACAUCAAAUUACCUGUACCGAAUUGGGUAAAGCCGAAGAGAAGGUAGAGCGAUAUGCUAAGUUGCUGCACAUGUUUUGUUCGCUUAGAUAUACUGUGGCCUACCUAUGAACACAUUUCGUUUAUUUUGUAAAUUUUCAUCUUAAGAGGAAAAAAAUCGUCCACCAUCUGCACAACAAUCAAUCUUUUCUUGGCUAUGGUAAACACUUGAACAGAGGACGAAAGAAAAUAGGUAAUUCCGCAGAGAUAACUGAUUUUAAUUUCGCCUACAAUUCGCUUCCUCUAAUUACAAAUUACACUCGUGCGUGGUUCAGCUGCUGUAAAGUGUAUAUUUGUAAUAAGGUAUACCAAUAGAAAUCAAGGUGGUUUUCCAGUGGAAAGUGGGCAAUAUUGAUGCGGAAACACAACAGGCUUUCGACUUCCCUUCGUUCCUGUGACUCAUGAUGGUGUUUUACAUAAACGAGGAAAACAUUACCAAACGUUUAUCUUGGUUUUCGCCUAAGUAUGCCCAUUAGCUCUCUUCGUAUGCAAAACAAGACUGUACUUAAGUGUAUUUUAAUGAAUAUAAUGUACUUGCUCUAUGGCUAGUCUCUUCAUACUGAAGAAAGCUUUGUAUGUCAUUAACGAAUCUUAAUUGCUCUUUAGUGCAUUUCAAAGCGUUGAACAAGAAAAUAAAUAUUGUCUCAUGUUUAUGCGACUGAGUAGCACCACUGAAGUGGUUGGUUAGUUUUCUUUUUCAAAGGGCAAUUAAGAUUCAUUUCCGAUCUCAAUGUUUGUUGUAGAUUUCUCAAUAAUUGGUUUUCAGGAUCGAGAGGUUGCACAAAACGUGAUAGGAGUAUCAACACCGCAAAAAUAUCCGUAAAAGUAACCAGUGCAAAUGAAAGUAAGAAAUAGUACUUUAAUCAGGCAAACUGAAUGCAUCCAGGAUCUUGUAAAGAGUUGUGGUGGAUUUCAAUUGUACACUCGGAAGCCUUUAUUGCUUUUUAAUGAGCUCUCGUGGGACGUUACAAUUUAUUCAUAAAGGAAGGAAAACCAACAACAUUGAAAUCAUUGCGGUACUACGCUCAGCACGGGAUUAGGAACAUAUCAAAGAUUUUCAAGAUUGUGGAUUGUAGAAUAGAUUCAUCGCUUGAACACCUACGAGAGACAACCACAAAGUCGGGAAUAACCUUGGUACUGGUGAUCAAUGGCAACAAAGUACUACCAUAGUCAACUCUUCGGCAAUUUUAUCGCACCAAAACAAGCUGCCCACAGAGUUGAAUACGUUUAUUAGGAAAACACAAAAGGAAGACAAUUAUAGAAGUCAGCGCUGCAUCAAAACGUGCUCUGCCGAAAAAUGGCUGAAACUGAUCACAACGCGGAUUUUGUGGUAGUAUCUCUGAGCAUUCUUUCAAUUCUCAUCGUUUUAUCGAACCUUUGCGUUUGCCUCUUGGUUUAUUUCCAGAAAGAUCUUCGAACCAACACCAAUUGGCUAAUGGUGUCACUCGCCGUGUCGGACAUUUUAACAGGAGGAGUUUUGCUGCCUGUCUACCUCAUCAAGCCUUCUUCGACUGUAACAGGUUAUUUAGUGUGUAUGAUAUUGCUCUCUGGUGUUGCAAAUCUAUGCACUGUGACCUAUGAUCGAUAUGUUGCCAUAAUGAAACCACUGGAAUACUCAUAUCGGGCGCCUAAGAAACUCAAAAUAGGUCUCGCACUUUCGUGGGUGCUUCCAGCAAUUUACUCCUUACUCCCUCUGUUUUGGGAAACUGAUUCAACUCGAAUAAUACAUAGGGCAUAUAUGGUCUGCAUGAUGUUUUUCGGCAUCAUCCUGCCUUACAUCUUCAUUACGUUUGCCUACGUACGAAUGUUUAAGCAAGUUCGCAGAAGCCUGACAAUGAAAAAGAAUUUGGAUUCUCUUAGAGUGCACAAGAACGAACGAAAACGAUUGCAUUCUGAAGCCAAAGUAGCCAAAGUUUUCUCCAUAGUUGCUUCAGCUUUUCUACUCUGCUGGCUACCAAUCGUCUACAUAACAACUGCAGACAUCAUCUUUAAUAGACCUAACAUCAUCCCAUAUGCACUGUCCAUUAUUUCCUUUUUCACCAUAGCAACCAGUUCAUUGGUAAAUCCACUUAUGUACGCGUUUCUGAAACCAGAUUUCAAGAAGGCCAUCCGGACUUGCCUUCGUGAAUGCACUCGUAAAGAAACAGCAUCCACCAUUCGCAAUCUUCCGCUGGCCGCUUUAACCAUCGGAGGACCCGAGAGGAUAUACGAAGCAAAAUUACCUAAUAACAAUUCAGCAAAGACCGAGGAAUUAUUAUCCAAAGAAAAUAAUGACUCUCAGGAGAGGUCUUCCCAAAGUUCAGUUCAUUGUUAAUGCGUUUUUAAAAACUGCAGAAGGAUGAAUUUGUUGACUGCGUCUGCAAUUUCAGACCUAAAUGAUACUACUCCUAUGAUUAUUUUUUUUAAAUCACACAUUGUUGAAUUAUUUGUACAUAACAGAAUAUCGUGUUAAUGUAAAGAACAUGCUACAGCCCCUUGCAAAAUAUAACCAAUUUUUCGUUCGUAGCUUGUAUAAAUCAUAUCAUUGUCAUUUUCUAAGUUAUCUUUCACUUGAGUCUAAGGAAGGCCGAUAAAAUGGUUCUAUGGCAAUUUUUUUGUCAAGAUGGAUGGAAUGAAGGUUUUGCUUCCCCGCAUCUUACCUGCUGAGGAAUCAAAUUAGAAAAAAAAUUUCCAAGGACAUCAUUGUCUAAAAUUAGACUUUAAAGUCCAAAAUUGGAAACUAGUUGCUAAAAUCCAACGCAAGUGUCCGUAAAAUCAGCCAUCAGUGUCCAAAUUCGGACAAUAGUGUCUAAGAUCGAACAGUAGUGUCCAAAAUCGGACUAUAUUGUCCUGAAAAUCGAUAAAUGGUGUCCAAAAUCGGAUACUAAUUUCGAUUAAUCGUAUAACAGCCUCCAACAUUAAACACUUUUGUCUAA